AUGGCCACCUUCACAUCCCUCCCAUUCGAGCUUCGCUCGCAGAUCUUCGCCCUCGCCAAACCCACCUCCAUCACCAUCCACAUCCGCGAGGAUGCCGAUCUCAUCAUCACCGCCAUUUCCUCACCACCAGCUCUCCUCACCAGCACCAAAGAGUCCCGCGCAGCAGCGCAAAAAUGGGACCUGAAGCCGUACGCUGUCCUCACCGGCGACGACUACCAAAACAUUCUCUUCGACCAAGACACAUGCCUCCAUCUCAUCAUCACACCUUCGACCGCCGAGUAUCCCGCCAUCACGUGGACAGAACUCUACACCGUCCUCGGUGAUGCGCUGCUUGACGCGAAGAAGGUGGAGAUCGAGUGCAGCAAACCUUUGCGCCUAGCGCGAUUGUUUAUGUUACCGGAGAACGAGUUUGUCGGUGUGGGUCAGAGCUGUGUGGAAGCGGAAUUGUUCGGUAGCGAGAUUAUUUCUUCAGACAGAGAUACUCGCGAAGCACUCCGCAGAGACAUCUCCGUGUGUGUUGGGGACGAGGAGUGGGUGUUGAGAGAGGAGGUAGUAGAGGGGUUUGGGCUUGAGGCCAGCUUCGAGACGAAGGCGUUCUUUCGAGUCGAUGAGGGGGCGGAGGCCUCCGCGCUAUAUUUUCAAGCCGCGAAGGUGGAGAUGGAGGUAGAUGUGCAGGCCUCCGCGCUGUACUUUCAAGACGCGGAGGUGGAGAAGUGGUCAGGAGAGGAGUUGACCGAAGAUGCACUAGACAGGCUUCGCGAUGAGAUGGGUGUGCUGUUCCCUGCAACAGUGUACACCGUCAAGUCCGAUCCUGGAGGUAGCGUCAUGCCAGAGCUUGAUUGGUUCUGA